UGGACUGACUUUCUAGCUCCGCCACCACUGACAAAUGUACUCAGUUUCCACAGGACUCAUCGGUUCAAAAGGAUAAAACGACGACUGAUUUUCUGCCGCUGGAAGAAGAGGGAUUCAACUUCAAACCAACGCGCAGACAUUUUGUUAUUUCUGAGAAUUACAGCGCUUUUCCCCCUCCUCCUCCUCCUCUCUCUUGACUUGUUCAUCAGUGCAGUCGCAGCUGGUUUUUAGGAGAGCGGACUGAAAGCGUUGAAGGGCCACCACAAGGCAAAGGAGGAAACCCGACGCUGUGUGCAUAACGUUGUUAAUUUCCAUGCGUCCAGCUCGCAUCGCUGCCCUUUUUGCAACAGCGAUGAAUCAUUUUGACUGACAGCUUUUGAAGAAUUAGCUAGCUUUAGCCGGCGAGGAACUGAUGCUGGUUUCCUGCUCACAGACACAGUAAAUACGGGGUCGGCACAUGUACAACUGAAUGGUCUUGCAUCACCCAGACAAGACACCGACUUGUACGUUCGCAAAGUGCAUUACUUAUAUUAUUUAUUUUUUUAAUUUGUGAAGACGGUCGCUAGCUACCGUUAGCUUGUCACCCCGCUAACGCUGGACAGCUCCUGGUUGAGGUUGGGCUAGCUUUGGACAAAGGACCAACGCAAGGAGAAAAUAUAAACACAGGGCGCACACUUAACCGUGUUUGGGAAGGAAAGCAACAAACAAGGAACUGACAUGAUGUUUCCACAAUCAAGACACUCAGCUUCAUCGCAGCAGCUGAAAUUCACAACCUCUGACUCCUGUGACAGGAUCAAGGAUGAGUUCCAGUUCCUCCAAGCACAAUACCACAGUUUGAAGCUCGAGUGUGACAAGUUGGCCAGUGAGAAGUCAGAGAUGCAGCGUCAUUAUAUCAUGUACUAUGAGAUGUCCUAUGGGCUCAAUAUUGAGAUGCACAAACAGGCUGAGAUAGUGAAGAGAUUGAACGGGAUCUGUGCACAAGUCCUCCCCUACCUGUCUCAGGAGCACCAGCAGCAGGUCCUUGCAGCCAUAGAGAGGGCCAAGCAGGUCACCCCCCCAGAGAUGAACUCCAUCAUAAGGCAGCAGCUCCAGGCUCACCAGCUGUCUCAGCUCCAGGGUUUGGCCCUGCCCAUGACCCCCCUGCCGCUGGGCCUGAGCCAGCCAACCCUCCCCGCCGUCACCACCUCCUCCGGCCUCUUCUCCCUCUCCUCCCUGCUGGCCUCCCAAGCCCAGCUGGCCAAGGAGGAGAAAGCAUCGCGUGACGGAGUUGACAGCCACCGCGAGGAGGACGGAGACAAGUCUGAUUAGAUGUUCUCCCAAUUCAGCUCUGUUUUUAUCCAGAGACCUGAAACCCCAGAUCUGAACCCCUUUGCCUACAGCCUCUCCCCUGGUCUCCCUCUCUGUGAUCUUAGCUAACAUGGGCUUCAGCCCUAUCACCACAGCUUCAGCUACAGACCCUUACUAACUCCCAUACUGUACCAGCGUACCUGAAGCCCUGUAUGCCCAGCCUCUUAUUUGGAGGGCUUAAGCACCUGCCCCUCAUGUCCCCUCAUGUCAGACUAGUCCUGAUUUCAUCAUAUGUACCACAUUUCUUUACCUUCUCCUCUUUUUAUCACCAUCGGGGUGUCUGUUUCUUAUAUAUUUUGUGUCUUUUCUUCAAAUACUUUUUUUUGUAUGACUUUUUUUUUUUUAUCAAGACUACUUUCUAUUUCUGUUCCUUCCUGCCUUCCUGGCACUCUGUCUCUCAGUUCUUAUUUCUGUUUAGUUUCUGUUUUUUUCCUCCCUGCCUCUCUUCCUUCCACUCUCCCCCAACCCCUGCCUCUGUUCUGAGUAGCUCCUUGUUAAGCAGGACUGAUCUGUGAGACUGAACGCACCGUACCAUAGGUGUUAAAACAGACUAAAUGUUAAACACAGGGAUUCUUUGACAAGCUAUAUAUCUUGUCAGACACAAUACGGGAUUCCUGCAAACUUCUUUUUCCUAAGAAAACGGUCUCACAGAGAUCAGUAGUGUUGAUAUUUUUUGGCAGUUCAGAUUGCAUGCAUCCAUUCCAAGCUUCAAAUUGGCUGUGAGUUCAGAUGAUGGUUUGUUAUGAUCUGAGUUUUGUUUAAGUAAUGCCCUCCAAAAGAGAGCAACAUCCCUAUUGCAUUGCUAU